CAGUCGACUCUCAAGGUAAACGGUUUAUUGGGGAGCGAGACCUUCGUAUUUAUAGAGGAGAGAGAUUACGAGGCUGUGACGGCGGCGACUUGCCUAGCGGAGACCUGUUCGCCAGAAGUGAUUGGCUAUUUCUUCAAAUGAGAAAGUCAGAGAAAUGUCUUUUUCUCUGGGCGACACCGUCAGCAGCAUCCCAGCCAUAAUGUACAGGCGGGAACCAGCGAGUGUUCGCAGCUUCCAGACAAUAUUUGGAUUGUCAAGAACUCAGAGGUCUCAGAGUGCUGAAUUCUGAAUGCCAUUAACAUCUUUACUGACAUCGACGCACGUCACUGAGGAGCAUAUAUCAACCAACAGUCUUCCAUUUCCUCGCUAGAGCUAAAAGCACAGAGAAGCUCCUCCUGCUCACCUUUUGACCUCUGUUGCUAUGGAGAACCUCAGUGAGCUCCAGAACCCGUUAUUGGACAAAAACAGUAAGCACAUGGUCAACGGUUAUGGGGGAGACUUCCCUAAUAACCAGUACCAGGAAAACAUUAUUAAUUAUUUUGCUGGAGGAGGAGGUGGUGGUGGAGGUGAGGGAGGAGGAGGAGGAGGAGGAGGAGGAGGAAAGGUGAAUAACAGCAACGUAGUGAGCGGAGGAGGUUACAAUACCAACGGGAAGGUGAAAUCUCAGCAACUUUUGGACGCCACCUCGCUGCAUCUGGCAGUAGAGGCCUUCUACAGGCCCAACUUCAUCCUAUACAAGGAGGACAGCGGCAGCAUUAAGGCUAAGGAAUACAAAAGCGAAUGCUGUGAGACCACCUUCACGGAGAAGAAGGCAAAGGAGGCGUCCAACACAGCAGGGGCAGACACGCCUGGCACAGAGGAUCCUCAGGCGAAGCUGCUGGAGGACGGCGAACACAUCAAAAUCCAAACGGUUUCCUACGAGGUGGAGGAGGAGGAGUAUGUGGAGUAUGAGACGGAUUGCUCCAGCGACAGUGAGAGCGAGGACAACUUCAUUGUCGUCCCUCCACGAGACCACCUCGGCCUGGCCAUCUUCUCCAUGCUCUGCUGUUUCUGGCCUCUGGGGAUUGCAGCGUUUUACUUCUCACAGGGGACCACCAAGGCGGUGAACAAAGGUGACUUCCCACUGGCCAACAUCGCGUCCCGACGGGCUUUGUUCCUCGCUGCCCUCUCCAUCACUAUAGGCACUGGUGUGUAUGUGGGGGUGGUGGUUGCUCUCAUUGCCUACCUUUCUAAACCAGGACGCAUAUAGCAGCCGCACCUUCCCUCCACGCACCUCCGGGGAACCCAGGAAGAGAACAACCCCCUCUGGGGAACGGCGUUGCUCCUGCAGACUUCGAGGAAAGUUUUUGGGGAUGUACAGUUUCUUCCCUCCACCUUCCUUUCUUUCCAGCCUUCUCUCCCUACAGGCCCUCUGUCAGCCAAGAUUAGCCACAGUGACUGGAGAGAGGUCAAGCUUGAGGGUGAGAAGAAGGGGGAUUUGGGGAUAGACAAAGUUUUUUUUCUGUUGAGACAGGGAGAGGGUUUGAGUAAUGGAAGUAUUCCAUGUUGGAGCCCAGUUUGAAUCCCAUUGACUUAAACCCCUGUUGGCUUCAUCCUCUUUUGGCUGGUUUUUAACUUCUAAGACCCCUACAGAAACUUUGUGGUGAUAGGACUGAGGUGAUAACUCCUAAGCAAUUAUUCAAGAGCCGAGGUUGAGGAUGGUUAGAAAUCAACACAAAAUCACUCUUAAACCAACUCCAUGUUAUUGUUGCUUGAGCUGCUGUUAAAUUUGGAGCCUCUCUAUGGAGUCCUGUCACCUGUCAUCUCAGUCUGCCGACCAGGACUGUCUUUAAUAGACCGCGAUCUGCCCUCAUCAACUCCAAAUACCGAGGCUACAUUUGUCCCUGGGCUGACUGCCUCGCAGUGGGAGAUAAAAAAAAAUACAUGACUAUGUGCACAGUUUCUUAAAUCAUGACAAAUGAGGGCUUUCAUUUCUGGAAAAACUUUAGAAAAAAAUACAGAACUAUUGAUAAUAGUUUCCAUCAAUAAAGAAUUAAACU